UCCAAAAAAGUCUUGUUUUCAGUCUUCAUGAUCAUCAUCACCACACAGCUUUCAGUAGCCAUAUAUAGCUUAGAUUCUCUUUUUCGUUUUCCUCUUCACUUCCCAUAUUUCUUUUGUUUUUCUCGCUAGAGAAAAUUUUACUCCCUGAGAAAUUUUGUAUCUCUCUCUCUAAAUCUAAUAUUUUACUCCUAAAUCACUGCCCCCCUCUCUCUCUCUCUCUCUCUCUCUCUCUCUCUCUCUAGGAAGAAAACCCAUCCAUAUUAAAUCCAAUAAAUCGAUUUUUCGACGCUGCUCUUGCACUACCGUGCCAAAUUUCUUUCUGGGUGUUGCCAAAAACGUUGCAAGAUCAGUUUUUUUUUCUGGGUCGGCGGAGACGAUGACUGUGGAACAAGAUUUUGAAACAUGGGAUCAGUUCCCGGUCGGAAUGAGAGUCCUGGCCGUCGAUGAUGACCUGACAUGUCUGCGUAUUCUUGAGACCUUGCUUCAUCACUGCCAAUACCAUGUCACGACCACAAACCAAGCACAGGCAGCUCUGGAUUUGCUGAGGGACAACAAGAACAAGUUUGAUCUUGUUAUUAGUGAUGUUGACAUGCCUGACAUGGAUGGCUUCAAGCUGCUUGAACACGUCGGCCUUGAAAUGGACUUACCAGUCAUAAUGUUAUCCGGACAUAGUGAUCCAAAGUAUGUGAUGAAGGGAAUUACACAUGGGGCCUGUGACUAUCUGCUGAAACCUGUCCGCAUCGAGGAACUCAAGAACAUAUGGCAGCAUGUGGUCAGAAGACGCAAGUUCGACAAGAAGAAUCAUGGCAAUAACGCAGACGGUAGAGAUGGAUCUGGAAAUGGUAGUGGCAAUGAAUGUGCAGGAAAUUCUGAUCAGAGCAACGUGAAAAUGAGCAGAAAACGUAAAGAUCAGUACGAGGACGAUGAAGAUGACAGAGAUGAAAACGGGCAUGAAAACGAGGAUCCAACUGCCCAAAAGAAGCCUCGUGUUGUUUGGACUGUUGAAUUGCACAGGAAGUUUGUGGCCGCUGUUAACCAACUUGGAAUUGACAAGGCUGUACCGAAAAAGAUUCUGGACCUGAUGAAUGUCGAGAAGCUCACAAGAGAGAACGUGGCAAGCCAUCUUCAGAAAUACCGCCUUUACCUGAAGAGGAUCAGUUGUGUAGCAAAUCAACAGGCUAAUAUGGCAGCUGUGUUAGGAAGCACUGACCCACAUUUCUUGCAAAUGAGUUCUCUCAAUGGACUUGGCGGCUUCCACCGCACAAUGGCUGCUGGUUCGGGUCAAUUCCAAGGCGGGGCUGCGAUGAGACCUUUUCCCCCGAAUGGUAUUCUUGGUCGGUUCAAUUCACCAGCAGGGCUCGGUGUUCGGAACCUUUCUUCUUCCGGAAUGUUCCUUCAGACUCCAACUGAUAUGGGGAAGUUUCAACAGGUCUCAUCACUUCCUGUUAGCCCUUCUAAUGGUGGAAACAUACUUCAGGGAUUGCCAAUGUCCUUAGAGCUUGAUCACCUUCAGACCAACAACAGCAGCAACAACAACAACAACAACAACAACAACAACAACAACAACAACAACAACAACAACAACAACAACAACAACAACAGCAACAUUAACAACAAGGGCAUGUCAGGAAAUCUCGGGGCUUUUCCUAUCUUCCCUACACAAGGCCCUCUUAUCAGCGGCAACCCUAAUAACCUCUUAGUUCUUGAGGGUCACCCACAACAACAGCCACCUCCUACAGGAACAUCAUUAAAUUCAGGUUUUUCGCCUCACAUCUCGGGAGACCAGAUCAAUAGGCGUCUGGAACAUUGGCCAAGCGCUGUCUCAUCAAUCCUUCCUUCUGCAAACAUCGACAAGAAUUGUGUUUCAACAGUGCCCAUGCCCUCUCAGAAUGGAAACAAUGCUAAUCAGUUUGAUGUUUCUCCAUUAUCUUCUUCUGGUCAUCCUGUUCACCUGCAGCAUUCUAAAGCCAACACUCAAGGGUGGAACACACAGAACAACGGCUCACUGAACUAUCUGAUCCCUUUCUGCCACUCCUCUGCUUCACUCAGCCAGUCCUCAGAGCCAAAUUCCAUAGGUCUCUGCAGAAACACAGAUUUUGAUUCAAGCAUUCAGGCAGAUCUUUUUGAUCCCUCCUUGCAUAUGAAGCAACCUGACAUUCUGGGUCCAACAACAGAUGCUUUGUUGUGUAACAACACAAAGGAAGGAUUCCUCAUGGGCCAACAGAAGUUCCAGAGCGGUUUCAUGGCUGCGAAUGCUGGCUGCUUAGAUGACAUAGUCAAUUCCACGAUGAAACAGGAACAGAACCAGGCGGAUUUAACGGGAGGAGAUCUCGGGUUCGGGGGGUUCAGCCCCCUCAGGACGUGCUUAUGAGAAGCGCUAGUGCUUUUGUUCUGUUCAGACAUCAAACUGUGAUGGCUUCUUGUCCUUGUUUUCUCCCCUUAAACUCUCUUCAGUUCAGUGUAAUGAGAAGAACUGUAACACUCUUGUUCUGUUUCACUUGCCACUUGCUUCUAGCCACUUAGGAAUCAAAAACUCCAAAAAAAAAAGGGGGGGAAGGAUAAUAAAUAAUCGAUGCCUCUUUUUUUAUUUAGCUU